UUCAAAAUAAACAUGUCUGGCCCUUUGGUCAAUAAUUUUGAGGUUCCCUCGUGGGCAGGGAAGCCGCCUCCUGGACUUCAUUUAGAUGUCACGAAGGAUGGGAAGAUGGUCCAGAAAUUGAUGAUAGAUGAAAAGAAGUGUUAUUUCUUUGGCCGUAACAAGCAGCUGUGUGAUUUCCCUAUUGACCAUCAGUCAUGUUCAAGAGUUCACUCGGCCCUCAUCUGGCACAAGCAUCUGGCACGACCAUUCAUCAUUGACCUUGGAAGCACUCAUGGCACUUAUAUUGGAUCAAUACGACUGGAAAAUAAGAAGCCUCAAGCAGUGCCUCUCGAAACAGAACUUCACUUCGGUGCUUCAACACGAAAGUAUCUGAUUCGAGAGAGGCCGCAGUCAAUGCAGACAGGACAUGGCGAUGAUGAUAAAACUGAUGAUAAGGAAGGUGGCUUACUUGGGUUACCUGAGACAGAAACAGAAUUAGAUAAUUUGACAGAAUUCAACACGGCUCAUAAUCGACGUGUUACUAACAUGGGUGACUUGCCAGAUAAUUCUAAAAAUCCUUUGAAAAGAAAACGGGCAUCUACUCGCAUAAAGUUCAAUGAAGACGAAGAAAUUAUCAACCCAGAGGAUAUUGACCCAACGAUAGGAAGGUUUAGAAAUCUUAUACAGACAAAAAUUGUACCAACAAAGAAAAUGCGUUUGGAGAAUGCACCUUUGGGUAUCGGAUCGGACCAGUAUAGUAAAAAAGCUCAUCAUCCAGCAUUUCGUCAUCAUGAUCUGUACAGUGAUCUGCCCGGUUCAGGAGGCGACGAUCACCACUUGCCAACCUCUUCUCUCGGUACGCUAAGUAUCGCAGCUAAACUCGGACUGCCAGUUCCUAAUCUUGCACCUGACAUUGAGCCAAUGCAUGCGAACAUUAUCCCGGUGAAUCUGGCACCACCUAUUCAUGUUGUUCAGGAGGACCUAUCGAAAGAACCAAAAAAGAAAAAAUAUGCCAAGGAGGCAUGGCCUGGAAAGAAACCUGCUCCUUCAUUACUUGUGUGAAGUGUGGACUAGUGUUUGCUUGGGAAGAAAUAGGUGAAUUUGACUGAACAUUUUAAUCCGGUCAGUUGGGCCAGGUAACAUGUACUGAUUUUUAUACAAAAGUGCCUCGCUAAAUAUGUGACUAUUCCUAUUGAACAUUGUCACUAGUGACCCCUAUAAAACUGCAACCUAUUUGUAAAUGGAAUCAUUUUCAAGUUAACGAAUCAAGGCAUUUACAGAAUAUAUGUGCAUGUAGGUAGGCCCUGUGCAGUGUGCGCGUAUCAUGUUGUUGUUUAGCUUAGACUUGUUGCCAUCUUCAAGGCAUGUGAACAGUCCAUGUUAUUAUGUUCGGGUCAUUAACAUGUCAUGAGAAAUAAAAUCAGAACAAACA